AUGCAAGAAAAGAAGCUGCGCCUGCAUAACGAAGAGGCAAAUCUGCUCAUAGACUGCGCACAAGCUAUAAGUUUCGCAGGGAUAGAACUCCCAGAGAUCGGAAAAAUACUUGCAGUAACGGACAGGGAGGAAAACUACGAAAUACUCCACCGACUUGCAAAGGGCGGCCACAGUGAAGUCUUUGUCGUUCGGUGCAAGCGGACUCUGCAGGUGUACGCGCUGAAAAAAGUCUUCAAACAGGAUAUUGUAGAAGAUCCCCUAGCAAAUCCUGUGAUGCGAGAGAGAGACUCAAUGAUACGCGGGAGAGCGUCUGAGUGGCUCCUGGGACUGCACAGAUCGUUUCAGGACGGGGCUGCCCUCUACUUCCUCACGGACUUCAUUCGGGGGGGCGAUCUCGGGAGUCUCUGCUGCAGGAAAGGGCCUUUUCCCGAGGAGUUCGUGCGAUUCUUUGGGGGAGAGGCGAUUCUUGCGCUGGAGGAGCUGCACGGGGCAGGAUUCGUGCACAGGGACGUGAAACCUGAGAAUAUCCUGAUCGAUGCAGACGGGCACAUUAAACUCGCAGACUUUGGGAGCUGCACGAGACUCUCUUCAGACGAUCAUCGUGUCGUAGUGGGGACUCCUGAUUACGUUGCCCCGGAGGUUCUGGGGAUGUCGGGGAGACUCAGCGAGAAGACGGAUUUGUGGUCCCUUGGGGUUGUCGUAUACGAAAUGGCCUUUGGAGUAGCGCCUUUUUAUGCGGAGACGAUUCGGGAGACGUACAAUAAUAUCCUGGAGAUGAAGUACGUGAUUCCUGCGUGCUCGCCGGAGUUGGAGCGAGUCAUUUCGGGGAUGCUCUGCGCGGAGGAGAAUCGCCUGGGGAUUUCCUCGUUGAAGGAGGAGCCUUUUUUCCGGGGGUUCGACUUCUCGGGGAAGGGGAAGAACGUGCCGGUGCAUGUCCCGGGGGGUGAGGGGGAGACGCUCGAGAACUUCGAGGUGGAGGAGUUUGUUCCUGCGCAGGGGAGGGAGACGCGGAGUAUUUGCGUGCAGGGGAAGUUCGUUGGGUUUGGAUACGACCCUGAGAUCGUUAUUGUUUCAGGGCCUGAGUUUGGAGAACCUGAAAAAAAGCCCGGGGAAAUUUCAGAGCACAGGUGCAGGGCCUGCGAGAACGCCAAGAUGGAGGUGCCUGCACAUGAAAGCGUGCCUGAACAUGCACUUGAAAGCGAGAAAGAGCCUGAAUGUAUGCCUGAACAUGUACCUGAAAGCGAGAAAGAGUCUGAAUGUAUGUCUGAAAACGAGAAAGAGUCUGAAUGUAUGCCUGAAGAAGAGGAAACACCUGAAAGCAUGCCUGAAGAAGUGUCUGGGAAAGAACCUGAAAGUAUGCCUAAAGAAGAGAAAACUCCUGAAGAAGUGUCUGACCAUGUACCUGACCAUGCACCUGAAAGCAUAUCUGAAAGCGAGAAAGAGGAAGUGCCUGAACUCGAGGAAAAAGUAGUUGAGAAAAUAUUUGCACCUGAAAGUGAAAAACCUGAAAACGAGAAAAGCGCUGAAAGUGUGCAAAAUAUCGAGGAAACUCUGCAGAAAUCAGUCCCCAGCCCUCAGGAAAGCGGGCACAUGUUCAUCUCCGCGUGCGAGCAGGAGAGAAGGCGCGAGGAGAGGGAAACUCUCUCGCAGAUCUCCCGACUGGAAGAAGCCCUGCGCGAAGAGUGCGAGAGAGUCCUCCGAAUUGACGUCUCCGCCCUGCAGAAGUGCGCAGAAACAGCCCAGAGAGAAGGCCUGAAACUCGUCCAGACAGUCCGGGAGUACAAGGCAAGAUCCGACGAGAGCUCGUACCAGGCAAGAUGGCUCAUCCGGAAGCUCCAGGGAGAGAUCCGAGACACGCAGGGAAGGAUAGAGAGAGAAGUAGCUGAGAGAGUGCGCCUCACAGAGAGAGUAGAAGAGGCAGAGUUCGAGAACAGAAAAUUGCUCGAGCAAAUCCGCAGGCUGAAACUCGCAUCAAACGUCUACAAUUUCCCGAUAAAGAUAUACUUUGAAAAAAAAUGGGAGUCCACAACCCUACACCUCGAGGAAGAUCACCUCAGAAUCAAGGAAAUCCGCCUCCCCCUCAGCAAAAUAUACUUCCAGGACGUAAAGAAGAACGAACUCCUCAGAAUCAACUCGAAGGGAGAAAGUCUCUCAUUCAAGCUCCUCCUGCCCUCAGAGGAUGACGUAUACACAGAGCAGACGGAGUCCUCGUCCGAGCACGUCCCACCCGCAGGAGAGGACCAGGAACUCCUUCGGGAGCUGGAGAAGGAGCAGCAGAUCCUCGAGGGAAUCGAGAGAAUGCUCAAGACAAUGGGAUCCGGAUCCAGCUCCAUCGUCCCCAUGGCACUGAAGCAGAAGGAGGGCACGGAGAAGAAGAUCCACGAGAUAAAACAGGCCCUGCAAAUGGGAAUUUCAGCAGAUCCUGCCCUUAUACGGUACAGUAAUCACGCCUUCAGAGCAACAAACUUCCAGCAGGGAGUGCAGAUAUGGUGUCACGUGUGCAAUAGACUCCUCUACGGAGAGACGAAACAGGGUCUUCUCUGUCGGGGGUGCAAGAUGGUUUGUCAUAAGGAGUGUCACACUCUCGUGGCGUACUCGUGCGAGCUACAGCAGGCGAUGGAGAGGGGAAUAUCGAUCAUCCUCAUGGCAAAACAGCUCGAGGACAAGGAGAGGAUCAAGGCAAUUGUGGGAAGUGGGCAGCCGUAG